AUGGGGUCGGCCAGUACUCUUGACCGUUGCACAUGCUUUAGUGAUGCGUCAUGGCUUGGCUCAGGGCCCAAUUCUCUUCUCGAACUGUUGAGUAGAACAUCCUCAGAGCUGAGCGAAAGACAUAGUAAAGCGGAGGAGCACGGUUUGGAGCAGAUGGCAUUGUUCCUCGUAGACGGUCGCAACGACCUCAUGUCCAUUGGUGAAGAAGGCGGUCGUGCGCAUUCCGAGCUUCGCGAUUUGUUCCGGGCUAUUGUACAAAAUCGACUAUUGUCCAAAGCGUACCGGUUGCUGCCGACGGACUCUGACUGUGCCCCUCCGUCUUGCAUUUUGCGCGUUCUACAAUGCACUCGCCUAUUUCUGCGCGACCAGCGGUUUGUGAAGGAACUGGUAACAAUUGAUGGCAGCGUUUCUGCCCUCGGAAAAAAAUACGAGGACUACGCAUCCUUACUUUUCGCCGAAUCAAAUGGAGAACCAUCUACUGGCGGACGAGAAAAACUGUGUUUUGAGAUUCUUUCAGAGAUCGCUUCAAUAUUUAAAAAAUUGGCUUCAGACCGGACAGCGUGCCCUUGGCAUCUUCUCGUUGACUGCGAUGCGCAUCGGACAUCAAUCGCUCUCAUCUCUGUUCAGGAACCGUCUUUACUUGCUUCAGCUCUGAUGACUCUAUCUUCAAUAUCCUCCCGGUCAGAAGAGAGUGCCGCAAUCAUUGGACAAUUAGGUUGCGUGGAUAGACUUCUGAUCAUACUGCGCGAGUAUGAUAGCGCUUUUCAACACCUCGCCAGUGCGCUUUUGCAAUCGAUAUGCAAAGUUAAAGAAAUCAGGAGGAAAACUCAAAAUACGGGGGGUGUCUACAUCACACUGGGCUUGCUGAGCAGAAAAACACCAGCGGCUGCGCUUGAGUCUUUUCUUUGCUUAUUUCGUUGUUUGUUAUCAGAGCGAUCUGCAGUUGCUGAGGCGCUAUCCAACGGUGCCGUCCCAAUUCUUCUGGCUAUGUUAAUGCCGAUAAGCACGUCAUGUAUGAAUGCAACUGAUCCGAGGAUUUGUGAUCCUGCAGUUACGUGUCUGAUAUGCUCUGUGUUGAGUAAGCUGGCUGCAGAAGAUGAGGGAGCCCUGCAGAUUCGGCGUUGCGGCGGAGUAUACUUGCUCGGAAGGCUAUUGACAGACACACAUGCGCUUCGAGUGCGUAAACGUUGGGAAAAUAUAUUUCAGUCAAUGUUUGAGAUUCAAACUCACGCAUUUCGGGCCUUGCGCUUUGUGUUUAGUGCUGAGUGCAACAGGAAAAUGUUCAAGUGCAUAUUUCCUGCUGAUCUAUAUGAAUCUUUCAUUGAUGUGGGAAACUAUCAGCAUGACGUGGAGAAAUACCGCCAUUUAGCUCAUGAUUGGUGUGAAAUGACUUCCGAGCUCGUGCACAACUCUUUGUCUGCACUUGAGGACACCAACUUGAAUCAUGGUAACCAUCACAGCGGAUCUCAAAGGAUCAUUAAUGGUUAUAUUGUGACAGAAAUCAUAGGUGCUGGUGCAUUUGGAUGCGUACAUCGCGUGUUCAAGACACGAAGCAUUACAAGCCAGUAUGCGAUGAAAGAGCUUGAUCCUGGUGUGGAGAAAUUAAUAUUUGGGGAAUCGCCCGAUGAGAUUACCGCUUCAGUGGGUCGUGUUGCCAUGGAGGUUCAAAUAUUCAGCCAACUAGACCAUCCCAACAUUGUGAAAUACUAUGAGUCAUUUAAAGAAGGUGGCCGAUUGUACAUUAUCAUGGAGUUAGUGGAAGGCGUAACCUUACUUGACUUCAUCAAAAGCACAUCAGAAAAGAACGAGAGAAUCAGCGAAGAGUCCAUUUGGGACAUAUUCAUUCAGAUUGUAUUAGCACUGCACUACAUUCACAUCGUAAAAGGGGUGGUGCAUCGCGAUCUGAGCCCAAAUAAUAUAUUAAUCGAGCACGGAACGCAACGCAUAAAACUAGCAGACUUUGGCCUCGCCAAAGCUCAUGAUGGCGACUGGUCAAAGCGUAGAAGAGACGAACAAGUGAUGCGGUCUGCAGUGGGAACGAUCGCGUAUUCAUCCCCAGAGAUGAUUAAACAUGAACCUUAUGGGGAUAAGGUUGACGUCUGGUCUCUUGGGUGCAUACUUUAUUUCAUGCUUGCACUGCAACCCCCUUUUGAGGGCCCGAAUGCACUGGUAAUCGCAUCAGCCGUUGUCGAAGGCCGUUACGCAUCAUUAGAACCUCUUAUUAGACGCAGAUCUAGACAGAUGGCACCGCGCAUUCAAUCCAAAGGUGAUGUUGACUGCCAUCGAGGUGAUAAAAUUUACUCGACAACGUCAGCCGUGGCCGUUUGUUCGAAGGUAGGAUAUUAUUCUGCGGCCCUGGUUGGGCUUGUUGGCCGGCUUCUGAUUGUUGAACCGUGCAAAAGGCCAUCAAUAGUAGAGGUCGCUGCAGCAUGCGCCCCAUGUCUGAUGCGAUCAGUAGAAAAUUUGCAGAGUUUGAACGACGGAUUGCAAAUAAAGCUCAGAUGCCUGCAAGAAUCUGGACAGUUGGAAGGCAUGGUUGAGCAUCGUAAGCGAGAGGCCAUUCGGCAGCUUCGAGGUCUGACUCGGGGAUCAUCGAUCUAUCCGACUAGGCCUGCAUCGCCAUACAUCGAACAACGCGUUGGACCCAAUAACACAGGAAGCAGUUUGCGACACAUAGUUGCUGAUGACUCUAGUAAAGAUCCUCCUAAUCUUGUCUCAGAGCUUGGUAGCUCCAGGCAUCACAGAUGCAAUUUUAAAAUAGCUUCCGAUAGAGUCCGUCCAAUUGCCGAUCCGUUUUUGCAGGUAAUUACUGUUCUGCACAAAUUGGUGUAUAUUGACCAACUCCCACCAGAUCUGAAGAAGGAUCCCAGACAGGCUGUCUUGCAGCAGUACAAACGUUUUCUGUUUGGCGCGGGACAACCUGCAGCAACAAUCAAGGCCGAGGCUGUCAAGCUGCUUGUCGGAUCGCACGAAGCCGUCCUGGGGCAGGAUGCAUCGAUACUGCAUGAGGUUGUUGGACCUCAGGUAGAUCGCAGUCAUGAACUUACGUAUGAGGAAUUGAGGAGUAUGCUUGAAGAGGUCUCACUUUCUCGUGAUUUUUACCUCGGCAUGAAGUAGGUGAAGAUCACCAAGACACCGAAUAUAUGCUGAAUUUGAUGGCAUGAUCCCGAGGGAUAAUGCCUUUUCGAUGAGAGCAGUACGAUUAAUACUUCGGUCGUUUUUGUCUAGCAACUCAAGCAAGAGUCUGCGAAAUGGAUCAAUAUGUUUGUCUCCAAUUGAUCGUAAUACACACGCCCCUUGGAUGCACAUUACAUUGUUUCCAAAUAUUCCAAGAAGCUCUGCUUCGCACAGAAAAGCAACUGAGUCCAAACCAGCCACUUUCUGUUGUUCAAGACAUGUACGAAUGUUCGAGAGUCGCAUGAUACCACAUCUUUGAAGCAAUGAACAAAUAAAACUUCGAGCUUUGACAGAUACACCUGGAUAGAUGCAAGGAGGUACUGAUAAUGGGCUGGGCAUGCCCAAUUGGCCCAUCUUGUUGUUGAACCAAGAUUCGAUGUUCUGCCAUCGUUCGCUUUCAGCCUGCACGACCUCGGGGAAAUAACUCAUAAAAUAAUCAUCUGUAGGUUCAAUAAAAGUCCAUGUAUCCUUUGCGC